AUGGCCGCCAAUGCGCAGGCGACCCCGGCGCCGCCUUUGAAUGUCCAGCGCGGCAAUUAUCUCUGGGUUCUUCAUGAGCACACCCCGCGCGGAGAUGAUGAGUUGCGAAUGAAGCGCGGCGAUGUGAUUUUGUUAGAGGAGAUGGAUGAAGAAUUUCAGGAUGGUUGGUGGCUGGGUGAACACCCCGGAACCGGCCAAAAGGGCCUCUUUCCAGCAGGUUUUACCAGAAAGGCGCAUGCCCACGAGGUUCCUACGAGCUAUAGACUCCCCAGCUCGCUAGAGCACAUCCAGACCGACCCCGCACCUCAAGGGGUAAUUGCAUCCGAAAAUACCGAAUCCCCCACACAAAUGGAACCAUCAACUCCUAUCGAGACAUCUUUCAAUUCUAUUGGAAGCGAGCAGACAACUCCACAGGCGUCGCGACAUGCCAGCACCUCGGAGGUGCUGGGUUCUCCCCAGCAACAACGCUCCGCUUCGUCUCCGCUUCCACGCCCUAGCCUGGCUGCGAACAUUCAAGAUGCGUUCCGUCGGUCCAUUGAUAGCCAUGCGAAUGGCGAGGAUAGUCCGGUGAUGAAUGAGACGUUGAGUGUCAUCGAUGAGCAUAUUACGGACAUGAACACUCCUCGUCAUAGUGUGUCAACGCAAGAGGCAAAGACAAUCAACGACUCGGCAAGUGAAUACAGCAGUCAUCUGAGCCAUCGUAUUUCCUACAUCAAUGGCAACGAGACGGAUGAAGAAGAGAAUACGCACCCGACAGUAGAGGAGGUCCGCCGAUGGAAUCCCUCCGAGACGGCCAAACAUCUGCGUGAACUCGGAGUAGAUCCCAGCCAUUGCGAUAUCUUUGAGAGGGAGGAAAUCACCGGCGAUGUUCUUCUUGAGAUGGAUCAGGAUACCAUUUUCAUGAAACACUUUGAUCUUGGCGUCAUGGGUAAGCGACUGAAGACUUGGCACAAGAUUAAGGCAUUCCAAGAGGAAGUGAAGGGCAUCAAGCCACAAAUACAACCUACGAGGGGCUCAAUCUCUAGCUAUGCGGGUCCUUCGGUGCCUGAGGAGCGGUCACUAUCUCGCGCGGGCCAUACUGGUCCAUUCCUCCCGCGGAUCCCAACGGUUUCUGAAAGGACUGGCUCGGCGUAUGUGCCUCGGAUUUCUACCGUCCCCGGGCAGCAGCACAUUCCCGGACAGCACCCAAGGCUGGCCAGCAACGGCAGUUCUCCGAUGACCCCGAUGACACCCCAAUUCGGCAAUGACUCUCCAAGAAGAGUCUCCGCGGCUUCGAUCCGUGACUACAAUCGACGCCACUCUUCGAUUGACGCCACCAAUCGCGGUAUGCCUGAUUUUGGUAUGAAUGGCAGCCAUCAGAAAAAGCCCUCCUUCGAUAGGGGGUGGACUCUCAACGGCGGCCCUCAACCGUUGCCAGCCCGCCCAGGAACGUCCAUCGGUACUACCACAGCUUAUCGUGGACCACAAAUCACCGGAUCGGAACCCAAUACACCAGAGCAGUACGAGGAUCUCGAACGAGGGUACUUUUCUGGAACAGAAGUGGAAUCCCGCCGAUCUCGACGCCUUCUGCAAAAGCGCACAUCCACUGGUGGUAGCAUUAGCCACUCUCGAAAGUCGAGCUACGCAGAAGACCCUUAUCGAGUCAGAAGUGCCGGUCAGCGCCAAUCUCGCAUUGGUAGUAUCGAUUCUAUUCGCGACGCGGCCGCGCACGUCUCGCCUGCAGCCCAGGCCUACCACGGAACGCCACCCAAGAGUCGAUUCAGGAGCAUGAGUACGCGAGCCUCGAACUCGCAAUCUUCUAAUACUGAAGGCAAGACUGGAUUCUUCUCAAGCUUCGGACCUUUGAUUAGAAACAAGAACGAAUCCAGGGGUGAGAACAAGAGCGAGGUGAAGGAUGUCAAGGCAGACAGCAAAGCAGAGGCUAAUGUUCGCUCCUCGACCAUGCCCUUCCAGCUGCCAAAGUUCCGCCGGGCGGUUGGCCUGCGCACCAUCUCUGAUGUCGCUGGCAAAGGUGGUAGCGACAAUUCCGCUCCUGUUUCGCCUCGCGACUACGACCCUAUGACUGGUCGCACUGGUUCAACCACUCCAUCUGCUACGUCCAAGAGCUCGGAACGCCAUAGUACUGAUGAGUCUGGCAAGGCCGCAGACGGCCCCGGGUUUGUCGUUCGACCACGGACUGUCAAGUCGAAGAAGGACACCAGCGCCUACACUCGUGGCUUGGAGAAGAAGUCGCCCAGAGAGCAGAUGGACGGCUGUGACUACAGUGGCUGGAUGAAGAAACGGUCGUCCAAUCUGAUGACCACAUGGAAGCCCCGGUUGUUCGUCCUACGUGGCCGCCGCCUGUCAUAUUACUACUCUGAAGAUGACACGGAAGAGAGAGGCCUGAUCGAUAUUACCGCUCAUCGUGUGCUGCGGGCUGACAAUGACCCUAUCAUCGCCUUGCACGCGACAGUCACUGGUGCUACAGCAUUGCCGGCCAACGCGAGUUCUACCGAGAAUGCGGGAGGCAUGAAGGUUACGAGUCCCGCUGUCAUCGCUUCGCUUACGGCCAAGGACAACAGUGGGCCAUUCUUCUUCAAGCUGGUACCUCCAAAGUCGAACAACUCGCGUACUGUGCAGUUCACCAAGCCGACCACCCACUACUUCCAGGUCGACAGUGUCCAGGAAGGUCGUCUAUGGAUGGCCGCUCUCAUGAAAGCGACUAUCGAGCGUGACUUGUCUGGAAAGGUGGAAACUAGCAACAAGCAAAAGACCAUCAGUCUUAAACAAGCUCGCCUGAUGCAAGCACGUCCACCGGCGCUGAUGAACCUUCCCACCGGCUCGGAGCAGCCGAGUCAAUUGCUCGAGGAAGAUGAAGAGGACAAAGGGCUUCGAAUUGAGGGUCUGAACCUGGCCAAAUCGCCCUCGUCGGACGGCAACUCCUACACCGAAACGGGGAACGAGGCACCGGAGAACGAACCCGAGGGCGCUCAUGGUCCACAGUCAAAUCCACUCGGUGAGAUCGAGGUUGGAAACUCGCCUCUCCUCCCUGAAUCGCUGGCCAAAACUGAAUCGAAGUAA